CAUAGCUGGUUGAUUCUCUUAAAGUGUUUGUAUAUGGCAUAAAAAUAUAAAUCAAUCUAUAGGCGCGUUAUUAGUGUGUUGUGCUAUCUUGUCGUUGUUGGUGUAAUGCGUCCAAAACACUUUUUUGCCAUAGAAGUGAUUCAGCACAUUUUUGAGUCCGUGUAGAUAAUUUGUGCACGUACUUCAAUGGGUGACCAAAGGGAAAAAUUUUUUAAGCACCCCAGAAGAAAAACAGCCUACGGUACGUUAACUCAGUUUUUGUAUUUCUUACGAUGAGAAAUACAAUAUGAUUUACUACUUCUUAGCUAGUCUUGAGUUAAAUAUUGGUAAGCUCAAUAAAAUAAAAAGUUUAGUUUAUUAGCUCUCAGUUUAUAAACGAAAUAGUUGGACGUUUCGUCUUCAUCUUUCAGCUGGUCCAUUCAUAAGAUUUAUUUCAAAAAUCAUCCAAUCAAAGCCGAAUAUUAUGGUUCUUGAAAACUCAUCCCAAUAGGUUGGGAUGGUGAUAAAGAUCAAUAACAACUCAAAUAUAAACCAACAGUAAGUUCAGGCGACGGUCGUGAGAAGUGGCGGGAAACGAAAGUGAGAGAUGGGAGUUCGACAGCAGUAGGUAGCUUCAGACAACUCAACAGACCGAUAAAGAAAGUAGUUAUUAAAGAUGCAGUUGUUGGAGAGACUAUUUCAAAACAAAACAGAAGCAUCACGCACCUUUGAUCUAGGAGGUAAGACAUUACAGAAGACUUUAAGGGGAAGUUCAACUGACCUCCAGUCAGCCUUCAGUUAUCAUUUAUUUCCAAUCAACUUGAACGGCAAACUGACACAAGUCUCCAACUCUUGAGUUAAAAACGCUCUGGGUAACCUAAAGUGAGGGAGAACAGCAAACCCUAAUGACAUGAUCUGAGAGAUUUCCAAGGAAGAUGGUCAAAUUUUAGCUGUUAGGCUGAGUGAGAUACUAGCUAAACCUUAAGGACUAGGAGUUGUCCCGUCUCCAUCGUCUCAGGCUGUAAGAAUGGAUAAAAAACCCUUCUGCGAUAACCAGAGAGUGAUCCGUUUGACUAAUAUAGAGUCUAAAAUAUUAGUCUCAAUAAUUCAACGCUUAUAUGGAGCUCGUGAAAAUCAAAUCCGCGAAAUCCAGGCUGCUUUUAGGCCUGGACAUGUUCGUACUGACUAAAUUUUCGCUCCUAAACUCUAGAUAAUAUCUCAGUCAAUCUACAGACCACAAUCCUAAUUAUCUAUUUGCUCAUGUUGCAGAAGUUUGACUUCUAAUCCCAUUAAGAGUAUUUAUCAGGACUGUAUCUGAUCUAAUUGCACAUUAAUGUCACAUGGAAAUUCAACUUCUUAUCAACUCACAGUGGUUCGGUGAGUUUUUUUUCAAUGUAUAAAAAUCUGGUAUGCGAAUUUUUAUCCCUUGGAUAGAAUUCUCCAGCAAGUCGAUAGAACGCUGUGUUGCUUCGAAUCACUUUUUUUUGUGACUUUUGUAUAUGAGAACUUAUUUCAGUGCAUCAGAAAGAAUAUGAUUGACGGUAUCAAUACUUUUCCAAUAUGUGCCAUUGUUAUUCAGUCAAAAACUACCUGUAAGUGAAUCAUUCGAAGUAGUAAAUAGAUGUUUUGUCAUAAAUCCUUAAACUCAGUUGGUUUUAUUUGAUUCGUUUUAUUAUCAAACUUGGAACUUUUAUGUAUGAUGCUAUGUUACUGCUUAACUAUUGAUUUAUUAUCAAGUACUUCACAUUUCCUAACGUAGGUUAAUUUGCCCUACAACGAUAUCAUUUAGCGUUAUUGGUAGUUAAUAUUAAUAAUCGGAAGAAUAGUUUUUUUAGCAUACUGCUCAAUUAUUCGCUUCCUUUUUGUCUUCUAGUUGCUUCACGUUAUUUGGAAAAAUCAAAUACUGUCCAUCGAUCUGUGAGUGAAGUGUUUGGAUUAUACUUGCUUUCAAACAACUUAGGUUUCGUCUGUAAGGGAAAAGUCGACCAAUGAACGACAAAACAGUUCUAUUGUGAAGCGGCAAUCGUCUCCAAAAUUUGGAGUCAAUGCAUCGAAUGCUCAAUUAGUCAUUGAUUAGGAUUCAGUUGCUUCUGCAAUUCACUCACAUGACAUGGAACAUGGUAGCGUCAUUGAACAUUCUUCUGGUUCAUUAACCUUGGAUAAUCCUGUAAAAAAGCUUAAUGAAUUAGAUGUUGAUUCAUUGUCUGAUAUAUCAUUAGCUGCAUAUACUGUUUGGAUAUUGUUUCAACGUUAUACAUCAUCUUACAUUGUGAAUAAAGUAGAAUGUGAUUAUGCUAAAAUUGUUGGUCUGUUAAAUCGCAUAAGAUCUACACGCGAAGAAAUUAUUCGCUUACGUAAAACAAAACAUGAUUGGGAAAACUGGUUUCAAUCAGUCAAAGAUUUACAUAAUGAGCACAAGAUACUUACAGAUUUAAUUCAAAUGUUGGGUAUAUCUGAAUGUAAUUCAAAAGAGAAUGAUAAUUCUUUAGAAAGUCAAAAUUUUAAUCAAACAGAAUUAAUUCCUCAACUCGAACAAACUAUAUUACAAAAAUUUUCACCUGUAUUAAAUCGUUUAACUGUGAAAGAAAUAAACUUGGAUAAUUAUGAAAAUGUUUGCCACGAUUUACAACAACUUAGUGAUAUAGCAUCUUUGUUUUCUAACAUCAGUGAAAAUGACAUUGACUCAUUCGAACAGUUGGCAGAUGAAGUGAAUAAUUUUGCUGAUCAUUUACAAAAUAGAAUUUAUCCUCAAAAUAUUGCACAAUAUGAACAGUUAAUGCAAUGUUUACAAACUUUUAUUUUAUAUACUUCACUGAAAUGUGAACAAAUUGAACGUAAAUGGCUUAAACAAAUACUUUUAUCAGAUUAAUUUUUUUUAAAAAAGAUAUUUUUCCGAAGAAGAAC